CCUCUCAGGGCCCAGCCCCAGGCUGGAAGGAACCAUACGGAGUCCCGAGAACCUAAUGCCACAGUGACCUCCAGGACCCCCACUAUUCCUGUGACCUCAGUGACCCCCACAACCUCUCCUGCGAGCACUCCAGAGGCAGAGGGUCCUCGUGGUGGGGGGCUCACCUCCCCACCCAGAGUGGCCCCCUCCGGCAGCAGCCCUGGGGGCUCAGGGCGGUCAGGGGGCUCCCUGAAGGAGACGCCCCCUGGUGGCCAGGCCAGGCCCUGCGGCCACACAGGCCAGCCCUGUCCAGACCCCAACCCCCCCUCCUGCACGUCCCCAGCGGCUCUGGAUCCCUGUGCCUCCAGCCCCUGCCUCAACGGGGGCUCCUGCACCAACACCCAGGACCCCGGCUCCCACCACUGCACCUGCCCCGUGGGCUUCACCGGCAAGGACUGCGGCACGGAGAAAUGCUUCGACGAGACCCGCUACGAGUACCUGGAGGAGGGCGACAGCUGGGCCCGCGUGCACCAGGGCCGCGUGGAGCAGUGCCAGUGCGCGGGGGGCCGGGUCCAGUGUGAGGACACACGCCACACAGCUUGCCUGAGCAGCCCGUGCCUGAACGGGGGCACCUGCCACCUGAUUGUGGCCACCGGGACCACGGUCUGCGCCUGUGCCCCGGGCCACGCCGGGAGGCUCUGCAACAUCGGGCAGUGUGACAGCACCCACCGCUCCCCUGCCCGCAGGAACCCCGACAAGGACGAGCGGCCCUGGUGCUACGUGGUGAAGGAGCACGCGCUCUCCUGGGAGUACUGCCGCCUGGCGGCCUGCGGUGCGUGCUGGCGGGAGGGGGAACAGGGCAGGCGGUGCUGCCCCAUCCCAUUCCCACUCCCGCUCCCACUCGCACUCCCACUCCCACUCCCACUCCCGGCCUCUUCUCUCCGAGCGGUGGAGAAACAGCUCCCGGGCAGGGCUGGUCCCAGGAGUCAGCAGGCAGGCCGGUCCCCGGGCCCCGGACCCCCAUACACAGCAGAUGGGAAAGCAGGGGUGCUGACAGGCCCGGGGCUGACCGAGGGGCUGCCUCUGGGACGCUUGGCCCCCAUGGGUGCAGGGACAGCCAACCUCAGGGCCCAAGGGGAGACCAGAGCCCUGCUGCCCCCCCCCAACAGCCCCCCAAGGGAGAGCGUCUCCGUGGUCCUGGGCCAGCACUUCUUCAACCUGACGACGGACGUGACACAGGCAUUUCGAAUUGAGAAGUACAUCCCGUACCCCCUGUACUCGGUGUUCAACCCCAGUGACCAUGACCUUGUCCUUAUCCGGCUGAGGAAGAAGGGGGACCGCUGUGCUGUCCGCUCCCAGUUCGUCCAGCCCAUCUGCCUGCCGGAGCCCAGCAGCCCCUUCCCCGCGGGGCACAAGUGCCAGAUCGCGGGCUGGGGCCACCAGGAUGAGAACGUGAGCGGCUACUCCAGCUCCCUGCGGGAGGCGCUGGUGCCCCUGGUGGCCGACCACAAGUGCAGCAGCCCCGAGGUGUACGGGGCCGACAUCAGCCCCAACAUGCUGUGCGCCGGCUACUUCGACUGCAAGUCUGACGCCUGCCAGGGAGACUCAGGGGGACCCCUGGUCUGUGAGAAGAACGGCGUGGCCUACCUGUACGGCAUCAUCAGCUGGGGCGAUGGUUGCGGGCGGCUCAACAAGCCCGGCGUCUACACCCGAGUGGCCAAUUACGUGAACUGGAUCAACGACCGGAUUCGGCCCCCUAAGCGGCCUGCAGAUUCCCCCUGAGACUCCCCCGGGACAUGCUGCCUCCUUGCCAUUCCCUGCCGGCUGGCAAUAAAGCUGCUCCCAAGAGCACAGCUCGCCCAGCCUGGCCGCUGCCCCGCCCAGCCUCCCCUCCGAGGCCGACCCAGGCCUGCACACACCUCCCCUGCAUGAGCUCCCUCUAACCCUACCCCCGCCCCCGGGUGUUGAGUGUGGGUCCGUUAAAGCGGUGACUCACAUGUAUAGUUGUCGAGGGCCAAGCCAGCUUCGCAUUCCUGAGUGAACUGCUGAGUCAGAGUGUGAGCCGGGCAUCGUCCAUGUGCCCGCCCCAGGCUUGUUCCCAGCCCAGGAGGCUGGUCCCCCAGGCUGAUCAGUGAACUCUGUGCGCAGUGGGUUAUGGUGGGGCCUCAGGGAGCCUGGCAGGAGGUCUGAGAAUGAGCCAAGUGAGAUGGAGUAUUGAUGUCCCUGGCUCCCUCCUUUUGGGGUCACCUCGGUGUUACAGGUUGUACCCUAAAACCCAUAUGUUGGCGUCAGGACCUCAGAAUAGGACUGUUUGGAGAGAAGACCUUCACAGAGCGACCAGGUUAGCAUGAGGUCAGGGUGGGCCCUGAUCCAACACAAUGUGUCCUUAUAAGAGAGGGAGAGUGGGGCCAGGCAGACGGAAGGAAGCCGGUGUGACAGGCCACCUGGGGAGGCGGCCAUCUGCAGCCAAGGAUGGACCUGAGCAGCUCCCCCCCUGUGGACACCUCCAUCCGGGACCUCUGCCCGGAACCUUGAGAUGCUGUGUCCGCUGCUUAAGUCCCCAGUCUGUGGUGCUUUGUUACAGUGGCCGAGCACACCGGUACACCCAGACCCCCACCGACGGUCACUCCCCACACACGCACAUGGCUCUGGACAGUUGUGAUGACUCACCCCCCCUCACCCCCUGGUCUGAAGGAGCCAGGGCAGCAGAGCACCCUGGGGCCCCCCACAAUGAUACCUUGUGAAUAAACCCGUCCGACUUGUCCUGUCA